AUGGACAAGAAAGCUGUCGAAGAAAAAAGGAUUGUAAUUUCUAUUGGUGGAGGACAUGCUACUGGCGUGGGGGCAAUUGCAUUGGACUUACAAAACACCUUCAAAAGUCUGUAUAACUCUAUUAAUAUAAGGGUAAUAAAUUUAGACAAUAUGAUAGAAGGUAACAUCAAGAGCUACAAUAAUAACGACUAUGAUUUUGAUAACAUUCUCAAUCUGGUCUAUGAAAAGCAUGCUGUAACUUCUCAAAAUGAUAUGAUUCAACAUGACUACGAAGACCCAAUAGAUUUGAUAAUAGUAUGUGGCUGUUAUGCGCUAUAUGAUAAACGCAUCAACGAAAUAUCCCAAUUAAAAGUAUUCUUGGAUAGCGAUGCAGAUAAAAGGUUAAUUAGCCUAAUCAAGAAGAAGAACGUGGAGAGCAAUGAACAACUAGCCCAGCUGAUCACUGAAUAUAUGGACCAUUUACGUCCGGAGAUGCAACAAUAUAUAGAGCCCACUAGGACUUUUGCAGACUUGAUCAUUCCUUCCACAAAUGAAAAUCUGGGGCGUGCAGUUCUUGUGGAUGGUAUAGUGAAAGCAAUCGAAGAUACUAAAAGCCAAAUAGAAGGCAACAAUACGAACAACAAAGUACGCCCACGUUUAUGGGACUUCGAAGCUGAGACAAUGGACUUGGAGAAAGAUAGAUACUACGAUCUCUCAUGA